AGGAAAGUAACCACCUUCUCACUGAGGGUGUGUGGGAGGGUGAGCCUUUGUGAGAGUGCCCACAACAGUGACAUGGUCCUGGUUGAGCACAUUGGAAACCUAGACCGAGCAUUUGAGUUUGCAGAGAGAUGCAGUGAGCCUGCUGUGUGGAGUCAGCUGGCCCAUGCCCAGCUCCAGAAAGACCUGGUGAAGAAAGCCAUCAACUCCUACAUCAGAGCUAUCAACCUUCCCUCUUACCUGAAGAAUAUCCAGGCAGCCAUCAGGAGCAACAAUUGGGAAGAUCUGGUUAAAUUCCUACAGAUGGCCACGGGAAAGGGCCACAGUUCCUACACAGAGACAGAACUUAUUUUUGCCUUGGCUAAAACUAGCUGUCUCUCUGAGCUAGAAGAUUGUGUUAAUGGACCCAACAAUGUCCACAUUCAGCAGUUGCAGGACACCAUGGAGCACGCUGCAGAGUCAAGGGACACCAAGCUGGUCAAGAAGUUGCUGCAGUGGUUCCUGGAGGAGGGCAAGCUGGAGUGGCAUCACGGCCUCUCUCUUCACCUGCUACAACCUACUUCCCCCUGAAUAUGAUGUUGGAGCUGGCCUGGAGGUGCAACCUGGUGGACCUGGCCAUGCCCUACUUCAUCCAGGUGAUGAGGGAGUACCCUAGCAAAGUAAGUACCUGCCCUUCUGUGGCUCUGUUUCCCCUGGCUAUGACCCUGGCUCUGGUCUGCAGAGGUCCUACUGUGGCCAGUUAAGAGGCCAGCCCAGAUUGCCCAACCAGCCCAGGCUGCUGUUGGGAGAGGCCUUGAUUUUAGGUCCAGUGUUGUUAUUUCUAGAAAAUCACCAUGGGGUGGUGGCGAGCUGGGUAGAACUGAGCACUUGCCCUCGCAGCAGUUCCACACACUGCCGGGGGCAGGGGGUGAGGGGGCAUGCAGUGUGUUAGCCCACCACCAGGAGGCCCAGGGACACCUGGUGUGGGCCACUUACCUCUCAGCACCAGCUAUGGGCAAUUGGAGGAGCACUUAAUAGGAAUGUUAAUCAUAUUUAAGCCUUUAACACCUUAAUGAUGGAGGCAGUCUUCCCCUCUACAGCUGCAGACACUGGGGUUCAGGUUCAAAGCUGACAGAUGAAGGGGGUGGGGGCUUAGACACAUGUCUUCCUGGCCCAGGGGCUAUACUCAUGUCUUAGCAUCUCGCUUCUGUUACUCCAGAUGUCACUUGGUGUCCCACUUCGGCUUUCUUUGCAGGUUGAUGAGCUGUUUAACAAGGUGACAGUGUCUAGUUUCAACUCCCUGUGUGUCGAAGCCCUAGGAGUCACUUUCUAGGGCCUAGCUGUAGCCACUGUCCAGAGACCCAUGUCAUCUGGUCUGCUUUGUUUCUAAGUAUGCAGAAAAGCAAUGGCUCAGCAGUGCCUACUUGCCUAUCCAGCCAUAUACCAUACCUUCUUCCAGCCAGGUGGAGGACCCACAAUGCCAGGAAGCCACAGCCAAGGCUGCUUUCAGUGUGCAUAGAAGGGAGGAGCCUCCCAGCGUUAGUGUGGGGGUUAGGGAAGAAACAGGGAGGGGGUGGCGUCUGGUGCUACCAGCUUUGGACUGCAAGGGCUUCCUCUGGACCAUCCCGGGACCAUUCAAAGCCAUUACCCUGCUGCAGGAGGAGGGACCCAUAAAGUGUGCCUUCUUGCUGGAGGGACCCUGUUCCUUGGCCCAGGGUCUCCAGACACCUUCCCUAGUCCUGGAAGGCAGAAGCUGCCAUGGCGCCUGCCCUCGAUCCUGCCCCACAUGCCUCUGCUAGCACCCAACCAAGUUCCUGAUAUGGUGAGGAGAGGCGGGUGCUCACGAGGGAUUUCUCUGGCAGUGAUAAGAGUGUAGGUUGUUUCUUGGCUUGGGAUGAGGCCCAGCAAACUGGACACUGCUGUGUGGCAGAGUAAUCCAGACAGGAAUGCCACAGCCCAUUCCUGACUGGAAAUCCUGGUCCUGGGCCUCUUGACUCAUCUGGGAAGCUCAAGCCCCAUCCCUCUGAGAACCCUCUGCCCCCCAGGGCUCUCCCAGUACAGCAGCUGAAGGCAGAGAGGACAGGCUGUGAGAGGAGAGCUGCCAUGCUCCUUCCUUACCUCAGUCCAGGUCCCAUGGGGGGAAGAGGAAAGAGAGUGUGCAGGGCUGGCAUCAGAGCUGUCUCUGCUAGGUUUCUGGUACCUGGCCCAAGCUCUCCCAAACCUGAGUGCACAUAGGGCACAUAAUUGUUUCUUCUUUCU